AUGGAGAAAAACAAAUCCUUACUCAAACGUAUUUUCAUCAACAGCAUAGACUCCUACUCCUCUAAAUGUAUUGCAAAGUUUCUGUCUGAAUGUGUUGCUGGAGCCCACGAUGAAGAGGAGGAAGAGUCACUAUUUUCCACCAGUAAAGAAAAAGCCUUUGAAAUCGUGGGAACUGUUUCUGAAGCUUCGGAUGAGGACAGAAGUCAUGUGCUGGAGCUGUACGAUCAGCGGAACAAGGAGGAGCUUCUUCCCAAACUGCUGGCCUGUGAUGUUAUUGUGUAUAACAUUACAGAGCAUCAGGAACAGGUGGAUGAAGCUUUGUGGGCACUGACAAUGAUUCACAAUGCGAUGGGCAAUUUCACUGGGCAAAAGAUGUUCAUCCUCGUGUCCACGGUCAUGACCUGGGCGUGCAGAAAACCCAUUGAUCCAGAGGAUGAGGAGCGGCCAUUCACUGAUGAAGAUUUCCGGCGGCGUAGACCACAUCCCAAUUUCAAAGCUCACAAUGAUCUGGAGAAGAAGGUGGUGAAACUGGGAAAAACGAAUAAGAGCAUGUUCUCCACGUGUGUCCUAGUGUCAGGGAUGCAGUAUGGAAUGGGAGAGCAGAUCUUUCAUUACUUUUUCAAGACAUCAUGGGAAGGACAGGCUCCCCAGAUUCCUAUUUUUGGAGAUGGCACCAACAUUGUUCCCACUAUUCACAUCAAUGACCUUGCCAUCGUAAUACAGAGUGUGAUUGAACAGCGCCCGAGGUCGUACUAUCUGCUGGCCGUCGACAAUUCCCACAACACUCUGGAGGAAAUUGUACAGGCAAUUUCAAAUGCACUCGGACCAGGGACUACCAAGAAAGUUCCACUGACGGAGGCCUAUCUUAUUCGAGAACUCACUACAAUGCACAUUGACUGCAUGACGGUGAAUUUGAGAAUGGAGUCGGCGCACUUGGCAGAACAGCUGUCUAUCCCUUGGCAGUGUGAGAAAGGGCUGGUGGAAAACAUGGCUCAGGUGGUAGAUCAGUACAGGCAAAACAGAGGACUUCAGCCCCUCCGCAUUUGUGUUAUGGGGCCCCCUGCUGUUGGAAAGAGCACUGUGUCCAAAAUCAUCUGCGACCUCUACAAACUGCACCAUGUCCAACUGAAGCCAACGAUUACAGAAACUAUUGCCCAACUGACUGAAGCAGUGCAAAAAGAUGCUCAGGUGGAAAGUGAGCGCGCAGAAGAGUCUCAAGAGCUGCUCAUCAACCUGACCGAAAGUAUGGAGCAGAACAAAGGUCUUAUGGAAGAGCAGCUGCUGUUGAAAGUGGUGAAGGACAAACUGAUGACAAAGCCCUGUCUGAACCAAGGCUUUGUGUUGGAUGGAUUCCCAAAAACGUACGACCAAGCUAAAGAUCUCUACGAAGUUGAAGAUGGAGAAGAAGAGGAAGAAGAAAUGGCCUCGAACAAGUUACUGCCAGAGGUGGUGUUUUGGCUGGAGGGCUCCGAUUCUCAGUUGAAAGAGCGGGUGAUGAACCUGCCCGAGUCGGAGGUGGUGCAGCACAACUAUGACUCCGAGCACUUCCUGGAGCGCCUGGGCCGAUACAGACUGCGUGACAGCAAAGACACCACUGUGGCCGACUUUUACGACCAGUUUAACGUCACCACGGUCGCCCUCGACAUGGCCAACGACAAUGACCCAAACUGCCUCAGUCUCCUGCAGAAAAUCACAGAGACUCUGGGGACUCCGCGAAACUACGGCCGCAGCAUCGAAGAGGUGGAGGAGCAGGAGCGGAAAGAGCUGCAGGAGAAGCGGAGGAAGGAGGCCCAGAGGAAGGCUGAAGAGGAGGAGAGAGAGGCGGAGGAGGCCAGACACAGAGCAGCACACUGGGAACAAUGGUCCAGGUCUUUGGAGGAGCUGCAGCAGCAGGAGGAGGAGCUGUUGGAGGCCCAGACGUCUCAGAUGAGGAGUUACCUGAUGGAACACGUGAUGCCCACUCUGUCCCAGGGGAUUCUGGCCUGCUGCUCUGCUCAGCCCGACGACCCCUUGGACUUUCUGGCGGAGUAUCUGAUUAAAAACAAUCCUUCAAACUGGACAAAAUUAUAA